AAGUGUAUGGAUUGGAAGAAAUGACGUUCACAUGAAUGCAGUGUUUGUGUAAUGUUUGCAAUGUUUGGUGUGUUUGGAGGGAAAGCGACAAAAGCAUAGCUUUGGCGCCAAAACAUGCAUUCAGUCAUCGAUUUAAACACUGAAUGCCUUUUAAUUUAAAACACAUUUCAAUGGCUUUUAAGUGACUUUUGAUCCGUAUUUUGCAUGAGUUUUACAUUGAAUUGAUUAGUGAUUAGUAGUGUUAGUAUUGGCUGUGAUUGUGGUUGUGAUGACUGAAACGGACACCAAUGGGAAGGCCAUCGAAGAGAGCUUCUCGAAGAUCGAGAAGAUUGGCGAAGGAAGUUAUGGCAUCGUCUAUAAGGCCAGAGACACUCUCACCGGCGCUCUCGUCGCCCUCAAGAAGAUCAGACUCGACUCAGAGUCAGAAGGGGUGCCGUCGACGGCCAUCCGUGAGAUAGCGUUACUCAAAGAGUUGAAUCACCCGAAUGUGGUCCGACUCCACGAUGUCGUCCAUUGCGAUAAAAACCUAUAUUUGGUGUUUGAAUACCUGAACCAAGACUUGAAGAAGUUGUUGGACAGCACUUCCGGAUCAGGUUUGGCCCGAUCUCUGGUCAAGUCGUAUAUGUGGCAGUUGUUGCAGGGGUUGGCGCACUGCCACUCACAUCGGGUCCUCCACAGAGACCUUAAACCGCAGAACCUAUUGAUUGAUUGCAACGGAAACAUAAAGUUAGGCGACUUUGGUUUAGCCCGAAGUAUAGGACUUCCGAUUCGCACGUAUACUCACGAAGUCGUCACUCUAUGGUAUCGAUCGCCUGAAAUACUUCUGGGCUCUCCUUUUUACGGACCGUCAGUCGAUGUCUGGAGUAUUGGAUGUAUUUUUGCCGAAAUGGUCACAAAGAGAGCCCUAUUUCCGGGCGAUUCAGAAAUCGAUCAGUUGUUCAGAAUAUUCCGAACUCUGGGAACACCGGACGAGACGGUAUGGCCCGGGGUUUGCAAUUUCCCCGACUAUAAGUCAACAUUCCCUCAAUGGACUAAACAAGACAUCACUAAACUCUUGCCAAACAUGGAAUCCGAUGCCAUUGAACUUCUUUUGAAACUUCUGACAUAUGAUCCAAACCGAAGGAUUUCUGCCCGAAAAGCUUUGAGUCACAGAUAUUUCAAAGAUGUCUCCAUUCGUCCACCGGAUCUGUUGGACUAAAACCACUUUUGCACUCUUUUUAUUAAUUUAUACCUAUUUUAUGGUCGUUUUGAGACCUUUUUUUUUAAUUAAAUA